UUAUUCGCUAUUCGGCAUAAGAGCACAAUGAAAGUGUUCGUAGUUCUGGUUCUGGCCAUUGCCUCAGUCUCCGCCGGCGUCAUGCCACAGGGUGAAUUGUUCGCUAUGCCUUCAAUUGAGGGUCGCAUUACAGGAGGCAACCACGCUGAAUAUAAUCAGUUCCGUUAUCAGGUGGGACUUAAUUUUUCCAGUGCCAGCGGCGACUGGUGGUGGUGUGGUGGUGCCCUCAUUAGCAACCUGUGGGCGCUGACAGCUGCUCACUGCACCGAUGGGGCUGCCAAUGUGACCAUCUACUUCGGUUGUACAAAUCGCUCAUAUCCCAAAUUGUACAAUUGGAUUGACAAAGUUUACUUCCGACAGCAUGAGGACUACAACCCCAAAACACUAGCUAACGAUAUCGCUUUGAUCCAUACAAAAAACGAAUUACCAAAAAACCGCUUCAUCGAUUGGGUCAAGUUGCCGCCUAUUGCCAGCAGCUACGACGACUACGUGGGCCGGGAUGCUAUCGCCAUCGGAUGGGGUAUGACCUCCGAUUCAGCUACCGAGCAGCCGUGGACUUUGCAACACCAGACCUUCGAGAUUGCCAGCGACGCCGUCUGCCGGAAUAUGUUCGGCCCUGUUGUCGCCCAGAGAAAUGCCAUCUGCACUGCCCCCAGCAGGAGUUCCCUUUGCAAGGGUGACUCUGGAGACCCAUUGGUGCUGGUCAGAGGGAAACAGCUGGUUGGUAUUGCCUCAUUCUUGUCCAGCAACGGUUGUGAGAACGGGUCAGGAUCUGGCUUUACCCGUGUAACCAGCUACUUGGAGUGGAUCAAGAACAUCACUGGCGUUUACUACUAAAAACCAUUAUAAACGAAAUUGUAAAUAAACUAUUUACAGCUAUCGCAA